AUGCACUUUUCUUAUGUUGUUGGCCUCCUCGGAGCCAUUGGUACCACGUUGGCGCUCCCGGUUUCCAACAAUGACCAGCUAGAGUCGGCCCCUCGAGAUGUUGAUAAGCGCUUCUACUACACCAGCUACGAUGGUCCCGAAAAGCGUGACGAGGACCUCGAGAAGCGUUUCUACUACACCCACUAUGUGGCCCCCGAAAAGCGUGACGAGAACCUCGAGAAGCGUUUCUACUACACCCACUAUGUGGCCCCCGAAAAGCGUGAUGAGAACCUCGAGAAGCGUUUCUACUACACCCACUAUGUGGCCCCCGAAAAGCGUGACGAGAACCUUGAGAAGCGUUUCUACUACACCAGCUACGAGGGUCCCCAAAAGCGGGACGAGGAAGCUACCAACAGUGUGUAA